GAAGACUGAUUUCAAGAAAGUCGAAGAAGUCAGGAAGGAUUUCUGCCAAUUUGUUGACCAGAUGGAGGGAAGUAUAGUCCUGAGGAUUCUAGAGGGGAGAACUGUACUUGAAAAAGAGAGAUGAAAGAGAACAGUCUUGAAGGAAUGGAAGCGGUGACUGGUGCAAGAGGGUGUGAGAAAGAAACAGACGGAAGUUGAGGAGAAGAGAAGGUUGAGAGAGUUUAGGAGGGUCUUGGAGGCUUUAAGAUUGAGGAAGAAGCUUAAAAUAGAGUUUAAGAAUUUUACAGAGAAGAGGGAGUUAAAUUUGAAAGAAGAAAUUUUGAAUGAAUUCAAGAAAGUCAGAAAAGAAUCGAAAUUUCUCAAAUAUGUUUUUCUUAAAAACUCUACAAAAAUGGAUAGAUUUAAACAAUCGAUUGCUUUUGAAACAUGGAGAAAUAGCACUCUUGCAACUAAAAGACAACAAAAUAACCUCAAAAAACUUGCAUGAAUGAAGCUAGCCAAAAUAACUCCAGACCUAAACUCUGCAUUCCAGACCCUCAAAGUAACAACCCAUUGCCUAUCUCUUCAACCUAAACGACUCUUAAACCUUCUCAGAAAACACCAGAGGCAUAGAUUGCUCCCAUCCUUCUCUAAAUGGAAACAAGUUGCUGAAUUUCACAAAAUUGAGAAAAUCCAAUCAGAAGCAGGUCCUAAAGCAAUAGCUUUGAGAAACUCUCGUAUUGAGCAGGCCAGCUUGAAUUCUCUCCUAAAAGCAGAGACUAGGACUUAUGCCCUACCUCUGAUCAGGGAUGGACUCAAGAAGAAAGCUUUCUUUGCUCUCAAGACUUAUGCAGCUAAGGUUCGGCUCCUUAACUCUCAGUUUUCAUGCCCAAAAGUAGUUACAGUCAAAGAAGCAUUCGCUCAUUGGAAAUUACUGUCCAAGAAGAAAAUUAAUACAACAAGGUCUCACCUAGAGGAUAGAAUUGCUAAUGCUUCUCAUAAAACUGUUUGAUGUAAGCUGCAGAUCCAAGAUAGCCACUCAGAAGCAGACAGUAUAGCCAGAAACAAUGCGUUAUUAACAUCUAAAAUCCAGAAAUUACAGAAAUUUUACAUGAAGAAACGACUUAAGGCUUCUAAAUCCCUUCUACAUGAAUUUUUAAGGAAAUGGAAGCUAUUCACUUACGAAGAGACUACCAGAGUCAACAUGUACAUGAUCGAUCAGCUUAAGAUGCGGAUUCAGGAACAGAAGGACAAGAACGAGCUGCUGCAGCAGCAGCGCUCUGAUCUUGACUUAAGAGUCCCUGAUUCUUCAGCACUGGAGAGCAAGGUGGCUAGUCUUAUUAGGCAGAUCAAGAUUGAUAAGAUUAAGGUGGAGGAGAAAGAACAGGAUCUUGAGAUUUUGAAGAUGGAGAAUUUGAGGUAUAAAGAAGAAAUCUUGCUUCGUUGUGAAUCAGAGGAAACUUUCUCAUUUAAAAGUGGAGAGGAGUUUACAGACACAUUUGAAUUUUAAUUAUUAU